UCUGAACCCUGUCCUCCUCGGACCAGUGACCAGAGACCAGAGACCCAGCUCUGCCCUGAGACCCAGAGGCUGAGAGCUCCAAUGCCCAGUUGUGUUCCUGUCAGUCCCAGGACGUCUGUGGGUGAAGAUGGCUCAUAGAGAGAGAACAGAGAUUCGUAAGGAGCAAAGGGAAACCUUGAAGUCCUUUUUUAAGGAUGGGAUGACACGUGUUGGUUCACCCUUAAUAUCAAGAGCUGCAUCAGCUACUGGUUUGGAAACCUGUGUCAUAGAAAAUUGGAUCGGAAACUACAGAAGGUCCUUCAAAGCUCCUUCUGAGCCGCGGCCCCCAAAGCCGAAGCUUCACACACGAGAGCUGUCACCAUAUAAUCUUUUUUGCAGGGACCUCCUCAGAAACAAAGGCACACUGAAUGAUAUUAAGGGCAGGUGGUCCACAUUAGGGGAACAGGAGAAGCAGAAAUACUUUGAAGAAGCAGCAGCACUGAGGGCACAGGGGCAGACAGAGCACCUCAGCCCUGAGAUGAGGGCUCAAAUUAAAAAGCACCUGAAGCAGCUAAAAUUUGAGGUGUCUAAGCUUGAGGCUUUGGGUGUGGAAACGGCCAUUUUGUCAUUUGACCGCCAGAAGUCCAACCUAGAGGUAUAUCAGCUGAGCAGCAAAGGAGCGAAGGACACAGUGAAUAACUUUGCACUAUACUUCAAAGCCAGCUCUUUGGCUGCAGCAGCUCCUCAGCCUCAACACCAACACCAAAGAACAAGCCGCAACACCAAAGAUCAAGUCAAUGUUCUAGUUCAAAAAGUGCAGGAUCUAUUCAACCAAAAAUACAAGGAGGCUGGAGGUGCUGGAAGGCUCCCGUACCAGUCCCUGGUAAAUCGAAGCAUGGCCAUAACAGUUGCUGGGCUGCCCAAUGGCCUUACGUUCAAGAAGCCGUCUUUCUAUGGAAGAAAUCAGCUAGAAGCCAUUUUGAAAGAUGCCGAGCAGAUUUCAUUUGAAAUAUAUGUAGCAAAAUGCAACGCUGACACCGCUGAGGGGAUUUUAGAAGACAUGGAUGCAGAAGACACUGCAGAUGUUGUCCAGACAAGGUCUUUGGGAGAGAUAUUAAAGGCCAUGUGUAAAAAAGGUGCACAGCAGAUGGAAGAUGAGUCCUCAGAAACAGCCACUAAUUUAGCCGUCAUGAUGACUGCAGAUCCUCUGAAGAAAAUUAAGGCAAGGUUGAGGAGAAGUGAGAGGGAAGUUCUACCAUCAAGUUUUGACGAGAUGGAGGUCUCCACUGACGAUGCUGAAUGCAACAGUGUGAAGAACAGACUAUCUGACUUGGAUAGCGAUAUGGAAAACAUAGAAGCAACUGAUCUGGGUGCUCCAGGAGCAGAUGUCAGCUGUGAUGGAGAUGUCUACGUACCAGUAAUUCCUCAGAGUUACAAAACAUCUGAACUUAAACUUGAAUGUGAAGAAGAGGAGCUGGAGCCGUGGCAGAAACACACUUUAACUGUUCACUUCAAAGAAGAGAAUGAUGUUGGAGAGUUGAAUGUUGACCAAACUGAUUGUAAACCAGAUCCUUCAUCUCUGCAGAGCUGUGCAGCUGGUCGGCUCACUCUAACACCUGAGGACUGCGCUGUCGUCCACACUGCUGAGGGGCAUCAAAUCAGCAACAGCCCCGUGUCCUUAUCUAGUGUCCAGAGUCCUGAAGUAUCAUCUAACAAACUGCAGUCAGACCAGUCCAACUCACAGACCCCCUCUGCACCUUUUUCUGCACCAUGCUUUACAGUUAUUAAAGUUGAAUCAACUGAAACGUGAAACAAUCAGUAAUAAAUAUUAGUUUACCAACAGUUAUAAUGGGUAAAUUCACAAGUUGUCAUAAUUAAAUGCAGUUAUUUGUGCAUAUUCAAUGCAUAAACUAAGAAGAUGUAGAUAAUUUGCACAUCUGAGUGACUCUUUUGGCUCCUCUGGCAUUAUGACAGUCUGGAGAACGCUGCACAGAAACACCUAUUACCUCAUUUUCCAACUCCAAAUAUAUGAAAACUCAGUUUUGUUAAAACUUUGGUACCUGUCAGUUACAUUCCACGUGAAAAGUACAUGUUUUGUUGUAAUUUAAUGUACAGUGAAAUAAAUUCUGAAAUCAAAACCCA